AGUGAAGCAAUAGGGAACUACUUCCUCGUUACCCCCACAAUCACAACAUUAUUUGUGCGCAAUGGGUGAAUCUGCGUCGUCGGGAGGAGAUUUUUAGAUCUAACAGUCGGUGCACAUCGUUGGGAAGCUCCGGGAAACGGAGACGUUUCAUUAUGCUUCAGCUCAACGACGCAAUGGAGCCGGAGAGUCCGGGCGCUGCGGUUCUCCACCCUGCAGAAACCGAGGACGGGGUCGAGGUUGCCUUCACGCCGCCGGAGGCCGGCCGAAGCUUUGGACACGCCGCCUCCGUGGCCUGCUGUCCCCCGUUACAAACGCUGACGCCUUUUCAUGUGCAUAACCCCACCAUGCAAGCGAAAGUGAAGGACUACUUCGUGUUCAGACCAGGUACCAUUGAGCAGGCGGUGAGCGACAUCAGGACUGUGGCACUGCCGUCCGAGGAUGGAGAGGUGCUUAGUGUCUGGCUGCUGGCUGAAAUUGAUCACUGGAAUAACGAAAGGGAGAGACUUGUGCUGAUAACUGAUAGGUCCCUGUUGGUGUGCAAGUAUGACUUCAUUAACCUGCUGUGUCAACAAGUAAUCAGGAUCUCUCUCAAUGCUGUGGACACCAUCUCAGUGGGCGAGUUUGAGUUUCCACCCAAAUCCCUCAACAAAAGAGAAGGCUAUGGGAUUCGUGUCCAAUGGGACAAACGUCCCCGGGCUUCAUUCUUUAACCGCUGGAACCCCUGGUCCACAGAGAUGCCCUACGCCACAUUCACAGAGCACCCCAUGGCCCAUGCUGAUGAGAAGGUGGCCUCUCUCUGCCAGUUGGACAACUUCAAAAUCCAGCUCGUGCAGGCAGUGAAGAGAGCCCAUAAGGAGCACCCGAUCCCAGGUCGAGCUAACGGUGUGCUGAUCCUGGAAAGACCCCUGCUUAUUGAAACAUAUCUAGGCAUAAUGUCCUUCAUUAACAAUGAAGCUAAGUUGGGCUACUCCAUGACACGCGGCAAGAUUGGCUUCUAAAUUCAGUCGUUUCUCCAAACUACAACAGUUCAACUCAUGUGUCUGUGUUAAACUACACUGUCUGAGGGAAGCUGCAGUGUAAUGUGUAACAUGUCUGUGCGUGUAUGCAGAAUCCAAGAGAUGCCCACACACCUUCCUGAGUCGGUGUAAUGGUCAGCCAACUGUACGUAAAUGAUGCACAGCACUGUAACAACUGUCUACUCAUUCAUUUUUUUGUGCCCCUAGUCCCCCCUUUCUGUCAGAGUUCCACACAAGUCUCACACACACACGACCUUCAGGAGUGUGUGGCCGUGCUAUAAGAGUUGGGAGAUAAAAGGCACAGCACGUACUUUAUAUUGAGCUUCUUGAAGUCUCACGUUUCUGGUUUAACCACUAAAUGACAGACUGUCAAAAUGAAUGUGAUAUUUAGAACAGUGAAACCGUAUCAUCAGCCAAGAUGAGUUCCACGUUUGCUACAUGAUAUGGUUUGUGUUUGCAUUAUUCGGACCACAGAGCCAUGUAGCUUCUUGGAAUGGAAAAGCAGCUGAUGAACUGAGUAGGAUUGCUGUGUCACAUAAUUAUUCAAAUAAAUUUAUGUCGAGAUAUGGAAGGAAACUAGAUAGGAGAGCAUAGCAUCUGCAAGGCUGUGCACUGGGCUCAGCUUUGGUACUGAUUUGCAGAAUGCAUGGGCUUGUUCAGUAGUAAUGAUGAAUUACAUAUCAAAAUCCUCUCUCUUGUAUUUAACCCUUGUCUUAUUUUCAGUGCUUAUAUUUACCUAAAUGAUGUCUUUGCUUAGAGCAGGGAGCUACCAUUUGCAGAGCUGUAUUAGCUACAAUAACAAAAAUGUUCUUUUUAUGUCAGAAAUAAUAUGUGCAAUGUGAACAUGUAAAUCUUUAUGUUUGUUCUGUGAGUUGCCAUUAUGGUGCUGCAAUUUGCAUUUGUUUUAGACAUAUAUUUGCACUCAGCUGUAUUAAACUGUGCAGAGGGCGGGUUGGGUUACAAAGUGGCACAGAUGCAGAUAAAGCUUUGCAUAAGUACAUUAACUUCCUAGAAUGUGUGCGUUGUGGAUAUUAUUGUCCAGCCAAAGGUUACAGAACAUACUUCCAUGCAUCGCCAAUACCAACAGAAAACAUCCCAAAAUGCCUUUUUUUGUGGUCUUAUUUGUGCAUGUUCCCUGCAUGUUCAGUCUGCAUGAAAGAUGUUUUUUUUAAAGAAAUAUCCCAAGUGAAUCUGUAAAUACUGAUUGUUUUGUUUAGAUACAUUUUUUUCCAAUGCAUUUGACUUAAAUGAUCUAAGAAUAUGAAUAUACCAUUAACAGUUCUCAAGUAUUUUAUUUAGGGAUAUUAACUCAUUUCUACAAACACGUGAAGGUUUUGUUUUUUGUUUUAGAUAUCUGUAGCACAGUAGCCACUAUGGAAAAUUAAAAAUGCCUCUAUGUUUUUGUCAGGGCUGAGGCUUGGGGUGGAUAUAGAACUGCUUUACGAUUACGUUUGUACUGUCGAGGACUGAAACUACUAGGACUGAUUGAAGUUACAGUUCAUGUGUCUUUAGAGCAAGAUGAUGCCUUGAAGACAAGAAAUACUGUCCUGGUAUAUUUAGUACUGCCUGUUGCUGUUUGGAUUUCUUACUGACAUUUCAGUCUGGUCAUAGCGGGUAACGCCUUUUACAUGCUACAAGUAAUGAUGCACUAUUUGCAGGUUAAAGAUAAUGCAACUUGUGUCAUGAAGAACUGCUUUAA